UCUUUCAAACACCUUGGAUGGAUAGAUAUUCUCUCAAAAAUAAGAGACAUCGGCGAAAGAUCGAAUAGUGUACCCGAAAUAAUAAUUGUCAACUUAAAUGAGUUUUUAUAGAAGAAUCAUUUUUUAACUUAAUCAAUCAUAACAAAUUCAUAAGAUAAUGAGUGUUAAUACAGUGAUCAACCAAUAUUAUGCGGCUGCAUGUGUAAAUAUAGCUUCAAUAUCCUAUGGAGCCUUCUGUGGAUGGCCUUCAGCAGGUUUUCUUACACUUCAAUCAAAAACUGAAUCACCUUUUGAGCAAGGUCCAAUGACAAAUGAACAAGCUUCCUGGGUGGGUGCUAUUCUCUGUGCUGGUGGAUUUGUUGGAAGCCUUCUAUUCUCCUGGCUUGCAGAGCGUUGUGGAAAAAAAGUUGGGUUGCUCUUAGUUGCAAUUCCUUCAUUACUUAGUUGGCUUCUAAUACCUUUUGCAACGAGUAUAAACUAUUUGUUAGCUUCUCGUUUUCUGGGCGGAGUGGGGGGUGGUGCCUCGUUUUCGCUAGUUCCAGUUUAUGUUACUGAGAUUACUGAGGAUCGCGUACGUGGAACUAUUGGAUCUUUUUUGGUUUUGUCAUGCAAUUUUGGCAUUCUUAUAGUAUUCGUUUUGGGAAACUUUUUAUCUUAUAAGGCUGUGCCCUUAAUUCUAGCUACACUUCCAGUGAUAUUUUUGAUUGGAGUUAUAUUCCUACCGGAAACACCACAGUAUUUAAUGAAGUCUAAUAAGCAUGAGGCAGCAGAAAAAUCACUAAGGUAUUUUCGAAAUUAUCGACGAAAAUCUAAAGAGCAAAAUGAACUUUUUAAAGAUGAACUGGAAAAACUGAAAGUAAAAAAAGGUGGAACCAUUAAUGAUAGUAGUCCACUAGAAUGGAAUGAUUUUAAUAAUCCAAUAGCAAGGAAAGCUUUUGUGAUUGGCAUUGCUUUAAUGGCUUUGAAUCAAUUUUGUGGAUGCUUCGCUAUGCUUAAUUAUACUGCAACUAUAUUCAAACAAUCUGGAUCAAGUUUAUCUCCUACGCUAUCAGCCAUUAUAGUUGGUUUCAUUCAAUUAAUUGGAUCUUAUAUUUCUACAAUGCUUGUGGAGCGCGCCGGACGAAAGCUUCUUCUUGCAACAUCAGCGAUUGGAACUGGUUUUGGAUUAUUUUCACUAGGGCUUUAUUCCUACCUUAGUGAGAAUGGCUAUCAAUUGGAAAAUUUCAAUUGGAUUCCAAUAGCAAGUUUCUCAUUUGCUGUAUGUGUAGGCUCAAUGGGAGUUUUGACACUACCAUUCUUAGUUGUUUCAGAAGUUAUGCCGCCGAAAAUUCGUAAUAUUGGUUGCAUGAUUUGUAUGGAGGUUUUAUGGGUGUUUGCCUUUCUCGUUCUCAAGUAUCUUCCGCUGAUGACACUUUCUUUGGGAAUGCAUGGAACAAUGUUUGUAUUUGCAUGUUGCUGUUUAGCAGGAGCUAUAUUUGUCAUAGCUUUUGUACCCGAGACAAAAGGAAAAAGUAUAGAAGCAAUCAUGAAAAUGCUCGAAUAGAAGUACAUUUCUCAAAGAAAAAUAAAUAUACUGUUAAUAAAACGAAAGAUUUUUUCUGA